AUGUCAACACCGAUUAAAGUUGUUGUCUUCGGAGCCACCGGCUGCACGGGCCGUCAAAUCAUCGAUGGCUUAAUCAAGUCGCCGACUAAUUUUGAAAUCGUCGCCGUAUGUCGCCCUUCGUCGGUUGACAAGCCGCAGAACGAUGCGUUCAGGAAAAACGGCGUGACGGUCGUGGGUCUCGAUAUUACCGGCCCACGGGAGCCUCUGGUCGACGUCAUCAAGGGCGCCGACACCGUUAUUGCCGCCCUCUACUUUCUCGCCGUGGACCAGCAAAUCCUUCUCAUCGACAUCUGCAAGGAAGUCGGUGUCGGACGGUUCGUCCCCGACAAUUUCCAACCCGUGGUGCCCCCAGUCGGAGUCAUGGCCAUGAGAGAGACGAGUGUCUUGCAAAAGCCGUCUGAGUUCUUGUCCUCAAAACGUGAAACGCUGACGAGUCUCACCACUACCCAGAAACCAGCAAAGGAAUAUCAAGACACUAUCAGCGAGAUGGAAAAGAGACUCGCCAAAGAUCCUACUGAUUUAAUGGCACUAAUGCUCCGCACUAUGUCGCAAUACCAGGUAGGCAUGGCCGUGCGAGGGGACACCACCCCUGAGGUGGCCGAUUAUCUAGGCUACCUGGAUGUGUAUAAGCUCUACCCGGAUCUCGAGCCUGCCAGACUCCGAAAUUACUAUCAGAGAGUUCUUGAUGGCAAGGAGGCGGCCGGCAUCAGGGACUGA